AUGUCGGAUUCCAAGCAAUUUACCCUCCAGGAGGUCACCACCCACAACACCAAGAAGGACCUGUACAUGGUCAUCCACGACAAGGUCUACGAUGUCACCAGCUUCGUCGAUGAGCACCCCGGUGGUGAGGAAGUCCUCCUUGACGUCGGUGGCCAGGACGGCUCCGAGGCCUUCGAGGACGUCGGCCACUCCGAUGAGGCCCGCGAGAUCCUCGAUGGCCUGCUCGUCGGCACCGUGAAGCGCAUGCCCGGCGAUCCUGCCCCCAAAGCCCAGGCCUCCACCGGCUCCUCGUCCGCCUCCUCCUCUUCCUCUUCCGGCAACUUCGGCGUUGGCCUCUACGCCGUCAUUCUCAUCGGUGGUGCUAUCGCAUACGGUGCCUACAACUACCUCCAGGCUCAGCAGCAGCAGCAGUAA